AUGAAUAAUUUUAAUCAUACUCAAAAGGGUGUUAGUGAAGCUCCUUUUGACACCUCAUUUGGAAGCCAACCUAGCAACUCUUCUGGAGCCUCUCAGUUUCCGGUAACUUUGAACACAGGAGGUAAUGAUUUAGAAAAAAAUUUAGACGAAAAGCUGAUGAACGCAUUUCCUGGAUUAGAGUCUCAUGUUUUUCAGCAUUCCCAGCCACCACCACAUACGUUUGAGAUGCCUGCUUCUUUUGAAGAUCAAUACCCGUCAAAUUAUUUUCCUCUCGAGGCACCUUAUCCCAAUCAGCCACACUUUCCAUCUUUAGCAUCACCUCCUACCAAUGCAUUACCUUUUCCUACCCAAUUUCCUUACUCUGAUACGGAUAAUAGUUGGCAAAUUCCUCAAUUGCCUCCAAUUACUUCAAACAUAUCUACAGGACAAUUGGACCCUUCGCCUUUAUCUUCUUUCCAGCCCGAUAUUACUUUUCACCCCAGUGCGUCAUCUUCUUUUCAAAAUCCCGUAUUAAGACAGCCAAGUGGACCUGUUGACUUUAAAGAUACUUCCAUGAACAGUACUUCUGCUCCUACUUCUUUCUACGGAGGCAUCGAUACUUCCUCGGGCAACAUUAGCCCAAGUCCACUCGUAAGGUCGUCUUCACCUGAGAAAUUAGUCAUUGAAAAGUUAAAAUCAAAAGCAAAUCAAAAGCCGACGGAAACUUCUUUAGGAUCUUUACGACAAACACUAAAUGAAUGCCUUGAUCCAUUAAACACUAGCCAGGCACCCAAAGAAUGUGUUGCUAUUCUGGUGAACAUGAUGAGUACCGUAACUCAGGAUGAUCAGAAAUUACUCUUUCUUGAGAUUUUGAAAAACAAUAGUGAAGCAACAAUCUUCUCAGAACUAGUAGAUGGUGGUCGCAAGUUAUUUCUUCCGAAACUACGUAAUUGGUUUGUUUCUGCUAUUCGCUCUAAAUCAGAUAAAGUUAUUCAUUCAAUUUUGCUUUUGUUAUGUAAAUUACCCAUAUCUGCAGAAAGGCUUGCAGAUGUUAAGUUCGGUAAACCAAUUCUGAUUGUAAAAAAGAAAUCAGCAAAUUCCGUUAUUCGACAACAUGCUGAAAGACUCUCAGAUCUUGCCGAAAAAUCUAUUGCAGUUGAAUUAGGCAAGGAUCAAACGAAAGAUGCUGAGAAAGAACCCACUAAACCCGAAACUACUACGAAGGCAACGAAUGUGGCAUCUACAAAUAUCAAGAAUCCUUCUACAAAGAAGGUCACGAGUGUUCCUGGUACUUCCUUUUUCAAAAACUUGUCUAAUCCAUCGAAAACCGGGCCCUCUAUUACUACUGCUGCAAAACCCUCCAUAGUAGGUGCUAAGCAGACUUCUACUUCAACGCCCCUUUCCUCUAUAGUAGCUGGGCUGAAAGGGAAAGAUGCCGAUUUACAAAAGUCUCAAUCAUCAACCCAGUCGAAUACGCGUGAUGAGUUGCCUAGUUUCAGAAAGCGUUCCGCGAAAUCCGAAGAAGGAUCUGAGAAAUCUGAACCAUCCAGUGAAGAGAACUCUUUAAAGACGAAGCGCCGGAAGAAAUCCGUUGCAUGGAAAUCUGAUGAUGAGCUUGUUCAAGUCAAGAUUAUUGAGCAUGCAAAUGAAGAAGAGUCAGCUGUAAAAACCCCUCAUAUUUACGGUAGCGCAAGAGAUCUAGAUAGACAGGAAGCUCGUGUUGCUUUUGGCAAUCAAGUGGAAGACGAUGUCGAAGACGAGAUAAUUUGGUACAAGCCAAAGCCUAUUCAAUUUGCGAUUUCAAAAGAAGAAUUACAUCCACGGGGUUAUAAGCGUGGUGGUGAUCCUAACGCUAAGUCAACUUUGGAAUCUAAAGACGAGGAAGAAAGAGAAGGUCAGCUCAAUGCAAAUUCGUCUUCAAUUACGUCUGUUCUGUCAAAUGUUACCGAGCCCAUAAAAGUUUUUGAUGCCACCGCACCUCCCGUGUCAAUACCGCUUCCCAAGGAAGUUGAACAUUCCCUUCAUGAAAAGAAUAGUGAUCGAACAAGUGCCGGCGCCGAUGAACAAGUAUCUGAGAACAAUUCGAAUACUCAUUUAAGUUCUAUACUGUCCAAUCUGUCGUCAUCUGCCUCUUCCCAACAUCUUCAAAAUCCGUCCCUCAUGAUACCCAAUAAUGCAAGUGCCUCUUCAAAUGUUUAA